AUGAUCGCAGGCAUCGCACACGUCAACCUCACUGUGCCAAAGGGCACUCUCGAUCAAGCCGAGACCUUCUAUGGCACCACUUUGGGGCUGACCUCCAGACCCGUACCACAGGUGAAGAAGGGCGAGUUGGCGUGGUUUGACAUCGGCUCGUCGGGUCAACAAGUCCACAUUGCAUUUGGCGAGUCCGGCCCUAAAUCUUCUCGCCAUCCGUGCUUUAAGAUUGAGUCUCCUGAAGCUCUAAUGGAGCUCCGACAACGCGUGUGGGACCAUCACAAGAAAGGUGACGAAGCGGCACCGCAGGAGGCAGAUGAGCCUGGGAAGAUGGACAGUGGUACACAAGCCGUCGAAUUCCCGACGAGAUUCUUCGCCCGCGAUUAUGCUGGAAACAGGCUCGAGUUCAGUCUGUGA